GUGAGAGCUGCAUUCCCAGCAGAGUUUCUUACAUUGUGCCACAUAGAGUGGAACUGCAGCUGUAGGCAAGAGAGGGACCAUAUCCGUCACAGCAUGGAUGAUGGAGAGAGUUCGACAACAAUGGACCAACAAAACAGCCUAAAGAAAGAAGAAAUGGGAGAGAAUUUAAACCGUGUUGACAAGGACUGUCUAGCUCAGAUGAAUGGCAGUGUGAGUGAAGGAGACCAGUUGAAGAUAGAUGAGGAGUUUGGUAACACUUGCAACUGUAAAAGAGCUAACACUAACAGUGGUGACCAGUUAGACUGUAACGGUGGAGACUGUAAUGACCCUUACAAGACUCUGAACCAUGGUGCACAAGAGCAGAGCGCAGAGGACGUGCCGUGUGACUCCUGCAUCGAGAGCCCCCGGCGGGCAGUGAAGUCGUGCCUCACCUGUCUGGUGUCGUACUGCGAGGCGCACCUGCGGCCUCACCUGGAGAGCCGGCGCUUCCAGAGUCACCGGCUGGUGCCGCCGCAGAAGGACCUGGAGCUGCGCGGCUGCCCUGAGCACGGGCUGCCUUUGGAGCUGUACUGUUGCACCGACGCCCGCUGCCUAUGCCACGCCUGCAGGGAGCAGGGCCACCGAGAACACCACACCCUGCCUGUGGGGGAGGCCCGCAGACUGACCCAGGCAGAGCUGCAGAGUAAGAGGAGAGAAAUGUUGAAAGCAGUCUCCACAGCAGAGGACGCCAUCACCAGUCUACAACACAACACCGCCUCAGCAGAGAGCUCAGUGAUGGGCCUGCAGAUGAUAUUGGAGCAGCAGUUCUCCCGUCUGCAUGGGGCGGUGGAGAAGGUCAGGGAGGAGGUGCGGGAGGUGCUGAACGGGGAGCUGAAGCAGGUGGCGUGCCAGGCGGACGGCAUACAGGCACACCUGCACCUGAAGAUAUGCCAGCUGAAGAGGACCCUCGUCUUGGGGGAGAAGUUCAGCAACAGCAAAAAUGAUGUGGACUUCAUGCAGGAGUACUGUGAGUGGCUAAAGGACCCGGUGGACACUGAUUUACCUGAAGUUUAUAUCAGUCUGCCCGACCGGCUCAGCCCCUUCAGACAGACCCUCCUGGACACCACACAGGAGCUGUGUGAACAGCUGCUGGCCACCUACAGACACCAGCUCACUCACCUGUGCCAAAGAGAGGGAUUGGGUUUUAACACUGCUAUCCAGUCAUCAGACCUCAGUGGCCAAGAACCUGAGCCAGUGACUCACAGUGACUUCCUGAGAUAUGCGACCAGUCUAACGUUCAACAUCAACUCAGCGCACCAGUUCCUGCGGCUGACUGACGGGAAUACGCGGGUGACCAACACCACCCCCUGGCAGCACUGCUACCCGGAGCACCCCGAGCGUUUCGAGCACUGGCGUCAGGUCCUGGCAUGCGACAGCCUCUUCCUGGGCCGCCACUACUUCGAGGUGGAGCUGAGUGGCGAGGGAGCGUACGUGGGUCUCACCUACAAAAGCAUCAAGCGGAAGAGCGCUGACCACAGUGGCUGCAUCACCGGCAACACCUUCUCCUGGAGCCUGGGCCGACGCAGCCGCGGGCUCUCCUGCUGGCAUGCAGGCGAGGAGAUCUGCCUGCAGGGGGAGCCCUUGAGCCAAGUCGGGGUGUAUGUUGAUUAUCAGGCCGGUGUUGUAGCCUUCUACGAUGCGGCAGGGUCUAUGAUACAGUUGCAUAAAUACAGCGCACGGUUCUUGGAGCCGCUGUAUCCAGCCUUCUGGCUCUCAAAGAAGGAUGAUGUCAUUUGUCUCCCGAGCCUAGUUGAGAACUGA